AUGACUACUUCAAUGUCCAACAAUAUCCAGGCUAUGGGUGGCGGGGGCAUAGGCGAGAAUCAAACCCAUUCAUCGCUCGACUUUGACAACUCCAAAGUCAAAUCCCCACAGUCUAUUAGCAGUGGCGAUACUCUUCACGAUGGCGCUUCGGAUGCCUAUUCCAGCACUGACGAUGCACUAACCCUCACCAAUCCUGCAAGCCCAGAGAGUCUCAAUCUCAACAGCCUGUCCAUCAAGGACGGAGGCCCCCGUGCCCGCAAAGACAGCAGUAGUCGCUAUAACCACCCUUUUCAGCGUAACAUCAAGCAGCACGGUGAUACCAAAACAUACAGCUCUCCUGGUCGUAAUCUUAUUGGUUCUUACCGAGCAGGGGCUCCAAAUACUGGCAGAUGUGGCAUUGGAGGUUUCCGCAACGCUCAUACAUGGAUGUCCCCUGACGCUCAAGAGCAACAGGACUUUCUCAUCAUCCGUAACUCGAUGCGUCGUCUUUUCAAGCAAUCCGAUGUCGCCAAGUGGAAGCUCAGUGAUUACGUUGCUCAUCGUGAAGCAAUGGUCGCUACAGAAGCUAACAAGCUCGCACGUCAAGUCAAGCAGAAGGAACAAACUAGAAGCUUUUCUUCGUUAAUCGCCCAGGACACGGAGGAUUUUCUGCGCCGCUGCGGCCUCGACGGGAACUUCAAGGAAAUUGGAAACUGUGGUCGUGUUCUUGGAGAACAAACUAUCUGGUGCAGAGAUUGGACAAACGGCAAAGAGGAGGUGGCACCAUGGCCUUCGAUCGCAGAGAUGAAGUGGGAAGGAGAUGACCGGGCCAAGACAGGCGUAGGACGUUUCCUUCCUCUACCACGCGAAGACGGUCCUCCAGGUCUUAUGUGGAAUCAGCUUCCUGUCGUCGAACAAUACCCCAUGGACCAGGUCUGCAAGAUUCCCACCAUGGAGGACGUCUACCUCCCUAUCGAUUAUCACAUUGAGCCAGACCACGAAUAUCUCUGGAGUAAGCAACUUGAACAAGACAUGGACGCUUUGCUGGAGACUUGA